UCGGAGCGCGCGGCGGUUUCGAGCGCGGUGACGACUCAGCUCUUCAGUCUGUGGUCCCCGAGCAUCGAAGAGCAGCCAGUGUGGCAAGAGGGACAAGCGGACAGCUCCGACUCACUUUUAGGCUUUCUCCCAAGAAUGAAAAUGCUUCUGCUUGGUGUCUGGACCUUGCUGGCCUUGACCCCUUGUCCAGAGACCACAGAAGAGAUAUUUGAAGUGUCUGUUUGGCCAAAUCAGGCCCUGGUGGAAUUUGGACAGUCCCUAACCGUCAACUGCAGCACCACCUGCCCAGACCCAGGGCCCAGUGGAAUCGAGACCUUCUUCAGGAAAAGCCAGCUGGGCAAAGGGCCUCAGUGGAAGGAGUUUGUCCUGGAGGACAUCACAGAGAGCUCUGUCCUGCACUGCUUCUUCUCUUGUGCAGGGGUCCAGAAGGACACAGCGCUCCGUAUCACCAUGUACCAGCCACCAGAGCAGGUGAUCCUGGACGUGCAGCCUGAGUGGGUGGCCAUGGAUGAGGCUUUCACAGUGAAGUGUCACGUGCCUAGUGUGGCACCCCUGCAGAGCCUCACCCUUACCCUUCUUCAGGACGGCCGAGAACUGCACAGAAAGGACUUCCGGAGUUUUUCUAAGGCAUCCCAAAGAGCCGAGGUCACUGUCAAUGUCAGAGCCCAGCGGGAGAAUGACAGGAGCAAUUUCUCCUGCAGUGCAGAACUGGACCUGAGCCCUCACGGUGGGGGGUCGCUUCAUGGCAGGUCAGCCAUCAAGGAACUCCGGAUCUUUGAAUUCUCUCAGAGUCCCCAGAUCGGGGUGUCUUCACUCCUGGAGGUUGGGGUGGCGGAGACCAUGAGCUGCGAGGUGACCAGGGUGUUUCCUGCCCAGGAAGUUGUCUUCCGAAUGUUCUUAGAAGGCCAGGAGCUGAGCCCCUUCUUCUCCUGGAAGGGAGAUGCAGCGUGGGCCAGCACCACCAUUCGGGCCAUGGAGACCGGUGACCAAGAGCUGACCUGCCUUGUGUCUCUGGGUCCGGUGGAGCAGAGAGUCAGGAAACCAGUGCAUGUCUACAGUUUCCCUCCCCCAGUUCUGGAGAUCGAAGAUGCUUACCCUCUGGCAGGGACAGAUGUUAACGUCACCUGCUCGGGUCAUGUGUUAACAUCACCUAGCCCUACUCUUCGACUUCAGGGAGCCCCAAACCUCUCUGCUCCCGGCGAGCCUGCCUGGUUCCUCUUUACUGCCAGGGAGGAAGACGAUGGCCGGAAUCUCUCCUGUGAGGCCUCUUUGGAGGUGCAGGGCCAGCGCCUGUUCAAAACCACUGAGAUGCAGCUUCAUGUCUUCUACAAGCCUCGCUUUGGGGAAUCCGAUUGCCCUGGCAACCAGAUAUGGGUAGAAGGAAUGGAUCAAAUGCUUGCCUGCAUCCCAGAGGGCAACCCUGCCCCAGCUUUGGUGUGUACAUGGAAUGGGAUCAUCAUUGACCUUGAUGUACCCCAGAAGGCCACCCAGAACCUCACUGGAACCUACUGCUGCACAGCCACUAACCAGCUGGGCUCUAUCAGCAAAGAGAUUGCUGUCAUUGUCCAAGGACCACAUGAAGGGAUCACCUCCCCCACCAUCUUCAUCAUCAUCACUCUCACCCUUGGCACGGCUGUGAUCACUGUAGCACUGUUUGUGAACUACCAGCCCUGCAAAAGAAACGGGAGGAAACGGGCCUCCAGGCAGAGAGAGCAGAACAAAGACAAGGAAGACCCGUUCACCGACAUAUAGGCAGAAGCACCCGUUCACCGACAUAUAGGCAGAAGCGCCCGUUCACCGACAUAUAGGCAGAAGCGCGCAACUCACAUCUCUCCUGAGCAGAAGCUGCUCUUUGCCUGAGUGAGACUUCACAGGGAGGAAAGAGUAGGCCAAGGAGGGAGGAAGAGACAGGAUGUGAGGCGGCAUUCCUGUCUUCUCCUGUCCCCUCCACAGGGUUUCAGGGCCCCAUGUGGCUUCCACCAGUUCACUGGGGCUUGCCUUUCUCUUUGAGCUUAUUCCAGUUUCUAGAAAUUUCAGUUUGAUUGUUCCUGCUGGCAAAGAGCCUCUCACUCCUUACUGUAUUCAACUGUCUACUCUUGAGCACACAGAAGGCCCCGCCCUUGCCCCUCAUUUCCACGGUCCAUUCCUCAAACAGCAAACGAGAAAGAUCAUCAGAAAUACCCUGGAAUCCAUUGCUCAGGGCUGCCUGAUGACUAACCAGGGGCUUCUUUUGUAGUUCAGGGCUAAGACUCCGUAGGAGUAGGUAGUAGAUAAAUGGGCAGGAUGUCCACAUCCCCCUACGCUGCACUGUACCCGGUGACAGCGUAAAGGGUGCUGGCUGAUAAAGCUUCACCCCAGGAACCCUCUGCAACUUCACAUUGGGUCAGAGAAGUAGCUGAGCUAGUUUAUAACGAAACAAAAAACCUAGGACUCACUAUGCAGCACAGGAUGGCCUCAGACUUGUGAUGUUCCAGCCUCAGCCUCCUGAGUGCUGGGAUUGCAAGUAUAUAUCAGCACUCCCUGACUUUGGAGAGUGGGGAGGCUUUAAGGUAGAAGGUAGACUACUCCAUGGAGCUGGUCCGGUAGGGCAAGGGUGCACUCUGAAUUCUUUCUUGUAAAAGGCCGAGCCCCACAUCUGCUGUCCAUCUCCACAAAAGAUUGCCUCUUUUCAUCUUCUGCAAACAAGUCCUGUGGGACAGAGGUACAGAACCCCACGGCAGAUGUCUCGGCCCAGCCGCACCCCCCAAUCCUCUGUAACAGUGUUCACCACAUGCCCUAACAGUUCAGCUUUCUGCACUGUCUUUGGAAGGAGUAUGUCCACUUUGGUGAACGUUUGAGGAGUGUCAAGUCAGGCCCCUCCUCCAGGGCCGUCAGGAACUGUUUACUGAGAUGUUAGCUGUGAUAAAAAUGAAAUGAGUUUGUGCCGUC